GAGUUUACUUCCUUAUUCAGUCAAUUCGAAUCUGUAUGACUGUAAAGAACGUGCAAUAAUGUGGCUUUACAAACUUGUGUGUGUUUUCAUACUUGCGACGGGAACAGUUAAAGCUGAAAGUUACUAUGAAAUCAACAGCAUAAAAUGGGACUACGUUAAGUGCAAAUUGGGAGAACCGAAGCUUAAAUAUCAAAACAGUUGGUUCAUGCUAAACGAGACGUUGUCAAUUAGCGAUGAAGCGUGGAUAGGAUACAUUUAUGCCAAGGUUCCAUUUUUACUUCUGGGUUGUGCAAGUCUGCAGAUUGAGAACGGAGUAUACGUAAAACUCGUCUCUGAUUGCUUUGUAAUCUGUGAUUAUAGGAAAUUCGGAAUCAAAAGGACAAGAAAUGGGCAGUCAGGUUUGCUGUGCAUCUGCGUCAUGGGAUCUGUUGACACAACUGAAAUAAGUUGCAAGUCGGGCGACACAACUAGCCUUUGCAAUAACUGCUCUGAGAUAUACACCCAGAUACACGUGAACGCAUCAAAUGUCGGUGACCAUGGUACUAAACCAGAGGGAGAUUGUCUGACGUAUUAUUACCCAUACCUUAGGUGGCAACUGUGUUCAAGGAAAGAUUACAUACGCGCCAUGUGUAGCAAUUCCACAUAUGCAGGAGAUCUCAAGACAACUGCUAUGAUAAAUGAUACUACAACCGUUGAGUGGUCGGCUGGGAAUAAAUUAUGCUUAACAAGUGGAAGACAACCAGCAUUUGAACGCAGCAUAACAAAUACCGGAUUUACUGCCGCUCAGCAACAAUACUACUGGACUGGAAUUUUUAGAGCAAACAUAUUGAUAAAACUCUCCUUACAAGAAUGCUUUUCCCGAGUUUCAACCGACAGUUAUGCUUAUGUUAUACGAGGCAACCAAACCCUUUAUGUCUCAAACAAUAAUGACAGGAAAAAAGCUCUUUGUGUCACAGGACCAGGAAGCAUGUCUACAAUACCAGAAACAUGCAAGUAUACCACAGAAGUCACCGUUUCAAAUACCCUAUCUACACAUUCAAUGACUAGUGAUGCCCUUACAAAAGUAACCACACCUGACGUUACAACGAUGUUUGGCUCCACAAGUAGAUUGCCAACGACACGAACGACACAAACGUACACUACUAGACAGUUAAACACGACAGAGGCUACCACAGACGUCACACCUUUAACUACUCAAUCAACGUAUUCCGAAACUAGUGUUAUUGUAACCCAAGUGACUACACCUGGCGUAACAACGCCUGUUGCCUCUAAAAGUAGCUUGUCAACAACACAAAUGUACACGUCAUUAUCAACGGGAUACGAACCUCAAACCAGAAAUGACGGAAAUAAUCAAGGAAGCAAACAAAACAGCUCAGAAAAGUCAACCGCCGUAUCGAUCGGUAUUGGCGUUUCGGUCGGUAUCCUGUUUCUCGUUGGAGGAGCCGUUGUCAUUGUUUGUCUCAAAAGAAGAGGAAUAGUGCAUUGCAAUCGACAGAGAGGAAACAAUAAACAAACAUCAGAUGAACAGGCAUUCAAAGAAAAUAUGACUUUUGGUAAAAGCAUGGAGGACAAUGUCGCGAACCAGACUUAUUUUAUCCUAGAGAAAUGUGAGCAAUCUAUUGGCAACAACGCUGAGCAUUGCUAUGAGCACGUCAAAUAUGAGAGCAGUUACUAUGAUCACACAAUCAAAACCUUACCAUCAGGAUCUGAUGCCAGAAAACCUGAAAAUGUAUACAAUAAACUCAAGAUAGACCGACCAGGAGACAAUGGUCAUUUACAGAGUCAAGGACUAAGCGUGGUCCAAAACCCAGAAGACGACUACGAUACAACUUCAGCAGUAGUGACCCAUGGUAUGGAUGACGUUAGUGACUAUAAUCAUAUACCACGCGCUGCUUAUAAAGCACGUGCCACUGGUGAUAAUGUCAUAGGCAAUGAAGGGGGCAACUACGAUGCCAUUAAUAAUGUCAAAUUCAAAGUCGCCCAAUCAGACAGUUAUGAAUAUGCACACGUUCACUAGGAUCGAAUACAAUAAGAAUCCAACAGACAAGAUCAAUACUAUGAUUUUAUAUAUUUUGAUAAAUAAUAGUCAUUCUAUAUGUGUAGAUAUACUAUAAUAUCUAAUAAAAGGGUUUAUAUUUCCUGUUGUAUCAGUCGAUUUGAGAACAAAAUACACACUUUAACGAAUCAUAAAAAAUUAUCUCAAGCGAAAGUCAAUGCAUUUCAAUGGGGUUACAUGUAUAUAGCGUAACGGUAUAAGCAAAUCAAAGACUUGUAUUUUAUAUAUCAUGUUUGGGUUGUUGGCAGAGGUCAACGAUUAAACAGAAGAAACAUUAAUAGGAGACAACUGCUUUAUUCAAUUUUAUUUAUUUUAUAUUUUAUUUGGGGGAGGGGGCUUGCAAAAAAAACACGUCCAAAGUUGAGUCAGUUUUAUAUCACUCUGCUCACUUUCUCAUCGGUCAAAUUUAAGCGAAAUUCAUGGCAUACAUCUUGUCGUCAUUACAUUAUUGACUGUUCAAUCCUGUGCAAAAAUGUACAUAUAAAACAAGAGUGCGGCGUAAUUAGUUAGAGUAUGUCUUAUUCAUUCCAAACUGUAACAAAUGCGCGUGCUGCUUAAACCUAAGGUUUGUCGCCAUUCUGCGCGAGUUAUUUCGAAUGGUGUUUACAUGAUCGCCAUGAUCAUUGUGACUGUUAUUGACCUUAAUUUUUGUGUCAUUUCGCCGCCUCCAACUCCAACAUAACGUUAUGUGCACACUCUGUUUUUAAUGUUUGUUGUUAAGCUCUAUAUACAAAAUAUAUUCGUAAAAACAACUGAAUUUACUUUUUGUUCGACUAUGUCUUGCCCGAAGUAAUUCACCGCUCGGCAAGGUAACUUUUAAAAUAGCUAUGGGCAAUAAUUAAUUGAAUGACAUUGUUAACACUGAUUUUAUCCAUUCAUGAUGAAGCUAUUGUGUAAAUUAACUUACACUCAAUUGCAAUACAAAGACAAUUGUCAAUUGUAUUUGCAUAAAAAUCUGGCAUUUUGCCGUUUUUAAAUUGACAAAGUAUUAGAUAUUUUAAGUAUAAGACGUAUAUUAAAGUCUUACUAAAUUUUCUAGUUCACAUUGUGCACACAGUAGAUCGUUUCGUUAAUAAAUUGUCGGUCAAUGUGUCCAACACAUUUGAAAUAUUGAAGUCUUCGCAAACAAUAUUGAUAUGCAAUUUGCGAAAAGGUAAGCGUUUGCAACCUAAGUGAAUGUGCAUCUCAUUGUAUGUAUGUGUCAGUGCGUUAUCUAGCAAAAUGUAAAGUUUCUAGUGUUCUAGACAUUAAACUAAUUGAACAUUG